AUUUCCUCGCCAGUCCAGCAUUGACCGUCGUACGUGUUCGCGUUUUUUUAAUCUGCUUUUUCCAGUGGAAAAAACUCUGCAUUGACAUAGAAGAAUAAACAUUGACGCAAUUUUUAUGAACAAAAGAAUUUCCAAUUAAUAACAAUUUUCAAAUCUAAUCUUAAAACCUUUUUCUAUUUUUUUAUUUUAUUCUUACAUUCUAAAUAGGUAAUUUUUAACAAAUAAAAUUUCCAUGAAUUUCAAUGAAGAGUUCCUGCUAAAAUUACAAACUUCAGUGGUGAUGUUUGUUUAAACAACAUUGAAUAGCGAGGAACAUUUGUAGAAAUGCAUUUGUGAUAAUCGUGUAAACAAUAGAGGGAUGAUUGCAAGGGUGGUAUGUGCCACCCUUUAGCUACGAGUGGUGAAUUUUGAGUAUUUUUCGACGUUUCUGGAUUCACAAUUCAACAAUUGGAGAGAUAUCAAAGGGAUCUGACAGGUAGAAAAUGACCCGGGCUACGGCAAGAGAGGGGGGUUGGAAUGUAGAGGAGGGUGAAUUUGUGGAGCAAGCGAACGAUGAUGUCGAUGCACGCACCCUUCUGCCCAACGAACCGUGUCACCCCAGGUAAAAUAUAAAUCCCAUCAAAGUGUUAAUAAGGUGGUUCAUUUCUUCUGGAAUUAUCCUUAUGAAUAACAAGAGUCAUCAAGCAAAAACUCCCUCAGAAAUUUGAACAAAGGGGAUGCUGUACCGGAAAUCCUCCCUCUGUCGGGUUGGCACCCGUUGUAAACAAAAUCGAGGGUUGCCCGAAGGGUGAGGAACGCCAGUGGAGGGGACAGGGACACCGGAGGUGGUGCGAGACUGCGAGGUGUCCGUGGCACUCGUCAGUAGCACGGCGGUCACAGAUCCUUUCGGAACUAAAAAGCUGCCUGAUCAACACCUCGUUCUUCAACAUUCAUUUCAAAUCAUCGUGAACUAUCUGUGAACAACUUCUCAUCAACGGCAUUCAAUAAAAUCAUAUUUCAAAAGAGACCUCCCCUGUGAAUGCACAGGGACCAAACUGACGGACUUAAGAAUCUUGUGCAUCUGUGUGUCCCUUUAUUUUGAAUUACUUCCAAGUGACUGAGAAGCAGAAGAAAGUGAACCCAGAGAUCUUUACAGUGAGAGAUAAUCUUUGAAGGGUUUCUGUGGUAUAAGGAUCGAUCGAUUAUCGAGUAGACUGUGCCGGAGGUCCAAGGCUGAUCGAGAGCAGCCGCGAUGUCAACGUUACACCGGUCGUUGACACAGUUCCCGGGUUGAAAUUCGGACGUGUCCUGUGCUUCAGUUUGUAUUAAAGGACGAGAGAAGCUGAGGAUCGAGGAUGAAGGCUGAAGGCAACAACGGCUACCUCAGGGCCACCGUCAUCACCGAGCAGAACGAGAUCACCGGUACGGCCGGUCAGGAGACACCCGCUGCUAACACUCUUCAGGUGACUUAUGGUCCCCGCGGAGGCACUACGACCACGGUUCUUCAGCAUCCGGGGAAUAGUCGAAGGCCGAUCGGCGGGAUAACUCAGGCCACGUCCAUCACCCGUAGACGAAGAGAACCAGCCAGUAGGCAGCAAUUGCUUGGUGUUUUGGCCGUCACUCUUCUCGCCACUUGUCUCUUCAUUCUUCUGUUGUUGGCGUUGAACACGAGCCGCGAAUGCGUCCAGGAACCACGUCCAAAUGUUUGUAUGACAGAAGAAUGCGUCAGAACAGCUGCGAGUCUGCUGUCAGCGAUGGACCGAACAGCAGCACCCUGCGUGAAUUUCUUUCAAUACGCUUGUGGCACUUGGAAUCGUCUGCACGUGAUACCAGAAGAUCGAAGCUCGAUCAGUACGUUCGAAGUGCUUGCGGAUCAGCUACAGGUGAUCCUGAAACGAGUCCUGGAGGAGCCACCCAACGAUCAGGAUAACAACGCCACCCUGAAGGCGAAGAUGUUCUACAAAUCUUGCAUGGACAUCCCUCGGAUCAGAGAGAUCGGCGAUGUCCCGCUGAAAAGGACGCUGGAAUAUCUGGGUGGAUGGCCAGUCGUGGUUGGACCAUCAUGGAAACCUCCUCCGUACCCUGUCGAGGUCCUGUUGGGUCGACUUCGUGGCGAAUACAACGAGGGAGUGUUGCUGGAGCAGUGGGUCGGUCCAGAUGACAAGAACUCCUCGGCGAACAUCCUCCAGCUGGACCAGAUGCAACUGGCGUUACCUAGUAGAGAUUACUAUUUGAAGAAGAACAGCGAGGCUGAACUGAAAGCGUAUCAUCGUUACAUGACGAGCGUUGCUGUGUUGCUUGGCGCUAACCCUAAAACCGCAGCCGAAGAGUUCGAUGAAGUGAUUAAGUUCGAGAAAAAGUUAGCUUACGCAUCCUUACCCGAGGCGGACAGGCACGACACCUCCGCCAUCUAUCGAAAGUUGACGCUGCGGGAGUUGCAGCGAGAAAUUCCGCAACUGCAAUGGCGCGCGUAUCUUCAGGAAUUCAUCAGUGCUCCGAUCACCGAAGAUGAACCAAUUGUUGCAUACGCGAUGCCAUAUUUUAUGCAGAUGGGUCGUAUCGUUCGAAGUACACAUCGCAGGACGUUGCAUAAUUACAUACUUUGGAGAUUAGUCAUGUCGAUCAUGCCCCACAUGAUAGACGAAUACCAGCAGAAGAGGGUCGAGUUUAGAAAGAUCCUGCUGGGGAUAUUGAGCGAGGGGAACAGGUGGUCCCAAUGCGUCGAUUGGACCAAUAAGAAGCUUGGAAUGGCUGUCGGUGCCCUCUUCAUUCGAGACAAUUUUAAUCACGAUAGCAAGGAAACAGCACUCGAGAUGAUCCGGACGAUACGCGAGGCGUUUAAUGAAUUAUUAGCAGAAAAUCAUUGGAUGGACGAUGAGACCAGAGCUGUGGCCAAGAGCAAGGCUGACUCUAUGAAUGAGAGAAUCGGGUAUCCUGAGUUCCUGAAGGAUCCUGUUGAACUAUCAAAGGAAUAUGUGGUGUUGAACAUAACCGAAAAUCAUUUCCUGGAAAACGUGUUAGCUGUGCUAAAGUACGACGCUUAUCACAAUCUACAGAAGCUAAGGAAGCCAGUUGAUAAGAACAAAUGGUCCACGGAGCCUGCUGUCGUGAAUGCCUUCUAUAAUCCCAACAAGAACGAUAUCGUCUUUCCAGCCGGGAUUCUCCAACCUCUUUUCUACUCCCAGCACUUUCCAAAAUCAUUGAAUUACGGUGGAAUCGGUGUAGUAAUCGGUCACGAGAUCACUCACGGUUUCGACGAUAAAGGACGCCAGUUCGACAAGGAUGGCAACAUGAUGCAAUGGUGGAACGACGCCACCAUAAGGGCAUUUAGGCAGAGGGCCCAGUGUAUCGUGGACCAGUACUCCAGAUAUAAAUUGCAGGAGGUCGAUUUGUAUAUUAAUGGCAGGAUGACCCAGGGGGAGAACAUCGCUGAUAAUGGAGGGCUCAAGCAAUCUUUUAGGGCAUACAAGAAGUGGGUGUCGAUACAUGGUGAGGAGCCCCUGCUGCCUGGUGUGAACCUCACCCAUGAUCAGCUGUUCUUUCUGAACUAUGCUCAGAUCUGGUGUGGUUCCAUGAGACCAGAGGACGCGCUAACAAAAAUACGAAGCAGUGUCCAUUCACCAGGUCCUAUUAGGGUCCUGGGACCUCUGUCCAACAGCGAGGACUUUGCCAGGGCCUACGACUGUCCCCCUGGCUCACCGAUGAAUCCAAUCCACAAGUGCAGUGUUUGGUAAUACUGAAGCCACUGAACGGUGGUAAAGACAGCAUCAUAUCAUCAUAGGCUAACUAAUUCAGCUCGUCUCCGACGUAAACCAUGAUAGAGCCACGAAAGACUUGUUUCAUUUACUUGUGAUCCAUUAUGAUGUGGUUCCAGCAAAAGGAAACCUGAAAUUCGAAAGGAUUGUAUUAGUGUGCGUGCGUGUGCGAGUCUGAUCAUGAUGUCAAAAGUUACAUGUUGUAUAUACAAGAUUUUAAUCGUGUAUGCAUAAUCGUUUCUGUGUGCUUCAGCUCGUCGUGGACGAGUCUAAUAAAUUUUUCGAUGAAAAUAAGAGAAA